UUGACAUAACCUCAAGUUUUUAGACGUAAAUCUUUGACGCAUUUUUUCACGGCUUUAAACCGGAAGUAUUGCAUCAAAUAAUGCAGAUAUGGUUUCGGAUCUUUGGGAUUAGUUACAGCGUUUCGAAAAAAUUGUUUUUGCCACUUAAUUAAAUAAUAUGGCAAAAAGGGUAAUAAUUUUAAUCUUAGUUGUCGACUUUUUGUCACUUGUUACAUCAGUUCCUCAAAUUUUUACGACUAGUUAUGGUUUUUGCCAAUUUAAAUUCACCGGAAAGAAAACAAUUGCAUUGCCGGAUAAAUUGUGGACAAUUGAUACUUCGGAUUUUAUUCUGCAUUUUUCGCUAUGUGGAUCAAUACAAGAGGUUUGCAAAAAUGAGACGUCUUCGUGCCUCUUUCUAAAAAACUCAAAUAAGAUGAUUGAUUUAGGUCACGAGUUUGGUUCAGCCUCCGAGGACACAAUUCUCAUGUCGCAAAACGGCGCAAAUUGCACCUCUGACCAGAACUACACCCUUUCCAUAUCCUUCGUUUGUUCCGAUUCAAUUAAACCGAAACCUCGCCUGAUGGCUCAGGACGCGGAAAGUGAGUGUAAUUUCGAGGUGACCAUGAUGCGCCCCGAUUGCCAACCGAGGUGCACCGAAACCGUCCAAGGGUCCGAGUUAAUCGACCUUCGGAAUUUUCCCAAAAACGUACAAGUGCACGCGGACUCAAAGCACUUCAGUUUGAGCCUCUGCGGCUCAAACAAAAACUGUCCCGGGGGCGUCAGCGCUUGCGAAAUCAACCCGGACGGCUCCACAACCCCCCUGGCCAGCAUCGAGUCGCAAAUCCUGGUCUACGACCAAGGCAAGAACGAGCUCAAGGCGAGGGGGCGCUUUCGCGAGCGCGGGGAAACUAGAAUUGUCGAAGUUUUGAUUAAAUGCAACUGGGGGAGCGAACUUGCCAACCCUGUUUAUAAAAAAGUAGCAAACCAGGGAAAGCGGUACCGAUUCGAAAUUGAGUCGUCGUAUGGCUGUGUCAAAUUGCCAUACAGUUGUCAACUAUCAAGUCUUGAUAACCUGAAUUAUGACCUCAGAAAUCUUUAUACGACACACGGGUGGGCGGUCACGGGGGCCCCCCAUGGUAAAAUUUUCGUCAACAUUUGUGGACCACUCAAACAACCUCCAAAUCUCUGCUCCGCCCAACAUUCGCAAGUGUGCCACGUGACUGAUAACGUAUACGUCAAUCGGGGCAGUAUUUUAUCACUUUUCGAAGCCCGGGACGACUCACUAAGGGCCCGAUUCGAGUCGGGCUCCACUUGCACGGAAAACACCACACGUACCUACAGUACCGAAGUCGAAUUCAAAUGUUCAAAAACCGAAAAAGGGCCACAAUUCAAACACAUCGAAAAUUGCGUCAUGUUUUUGCAGUGGGAGACGCCCCACGCGUGCCCCCUUGAUUAUUACAAAAGUCAAAAUUGCUACGUCAAGGACAGGGUGUCCAACCGAAACUUGAAAAACCUACACAGUGACACCGAUCGAAUUUACCCUUUGUCACCCUCAACCAACUCAAAAUUAAUUUAUAAUUUAUGCGGACCGAUACACGAGCCUUGCAACGGCCACAAAAACGCCAGCUUUUGCCUCAAAACGGGCCAAAAAGAAAGUGUGCUAGGCUGGGACACGCGUGAAGUUAUCAGCGAAAACGGCCGCCUGUUUAUGCAAUUUUCCGGCGAAAAUCGGGCCGAAAUUUUCGUUAAUUUGGUCUGCAGGUACCAAAGCUCACCCCCUGAUUUGCAAGUGACUGAAGAUAGCCGCAAGUACAAUUUGACAGUUUUUACGCCAUUGGCGUGCAUUGCACAAGGGGUUUUCCCCGAAUGUGUGUACCAUUCUGGGAAUUUCACGUACGACUUGUCUCCUCUUGUCUUAAAAAAUAAAAAUUAUGUCAUUCCGGGGGGGCAAGGUACCGAAAUUAUUUUCAAUGUUUGUGGUCCCAUUAUCACGGGCUCGGGGGCCCUUUGUAGGGGCACUACAAUGUUUUGUUACCGGAACACCACAGCACUCAACAUUAAAAACCAGUACGUGUCACUGGGCGGAGUCUCAGGCCCACGCUUACUGAACAAUUCUCUCAUACUGGAGGCCCCAAUGGGGGAGUUUUGCCGCGAAGUUGGUUACUUUAAAUCAGUGAUGCGUUUUAAGUGCUCCAAAACAAAUGUUUUGCCACGAUUUGUUUCGAAAGAGUCCUGUGUGUACAAUUUCAUAUGGGAGACUCCCCAAGCUUGUCCCCAAAUCAGAAAUUGUACAGUGGGACACCAGCCAGGUUUAACAUUUGACCUAAACCAAAUAAAAAACAAAAUUGUCAGAUUAGACAUCGAUGGAAUCUCGAGUAAAUACGAAUUUGACUUGUGUAAAGACUUUUACACAACAAUUUCCAAUUCGAAUAAAACAAAUCGCCUCAGACGCGACUAUGUGAUUACGAACCGAAACUCGUUCGUGAUUUUGGAUCUGUACGAAAAGUGUGCAAACGCGACGCCUCUUACCAAAGUCAUUUUUAAAUUGGAAUGUUCGGACAAAGACAGUCAUUUCGAGCAAACAGCGUUCGAAAACUGUGUCUUAAACAUGACUCUCAAGACACACGCCGUUUGCCUAAGCCACCAUACAACAACCUCAGCGCUGCAAAAGUUGGAAACCAAUUGCACAGUCGUUAACGGCAACACAGGGUACGAGUUUAAUUUGAUUAAACUCAAAGCGGAGGACAUUUUGCAAAAAUUCCAAAUUAAUUUCGACCAGACUAGCGCGCUUUGCAGCGGCCUUUUUUGUAAAAAUGGGCUCGGGGUGGUCCCCCAGAUUUGCCCAAAAGUGGCGUUCAAUUACACGUCACAGUUUGUCACACUGUCCUAUUUGGGGGUUGAGUGUGACGACUUUUCAGGCAAUUACGAAUUUGAAGUUCUCUUGAAAUGCAAUCGCACCAGAACCGGUGCGCGUAUUUCACAGGAUGCCGAAUGCAAAUCCGUGAUUUCGUACGACUUACCUGAAGCUUGUUCCUUGCUGAAGCGAGAAAUAGUGGCUUCUGACCCCACUGCUGCCAUAGCAGGGGGUGUGUCAACCCUCCUGCUUGUCCUAGCUGUGAUUAUUGCGGUUUAUUUGUGCAAAAGACGAGUCAGGACGUUCCCUUAUUUAGAUAUACCGCUCUAUGGCAGCAAGAGAUCUGUUUCUAUUUAUACUCGAGAUAGCACCGAGUAAACCAAAGUCACGAAUGCCUAACAGUAUUUUUUGUUUGUUUCUUAAUAAAAUUUUGUUUUUGAA